GUCGAUUUGGAACGGGGAAGAUUUUUUGCAGGGCGGUCAAACGGUGAGAGAAGGUGUUUUUGUAAGUGUCAACGAUAACUAACACUCUUUUGGAUUGCUUUUAAUGUAUUUGACAUUGAUGAUCAUGUUUGACAUGGCGAGGGCUGCUAGUCAAUGUCACGGCGACUCCGCUUGUACCAAAUGACUUGGGACCUCAUUCUGAGCGAGCGAACAAGAUCGUGCACCUGAAACGUCUCUCGAGCCUGUUACCCGGUGUCGUGACUAGAUUGCUGAUAAUGAAAACUGCAUCAUUGUCAUUUACGAAAACAUGCACAAUGGAAAUGAUGUCUUGUCAGAGUCCGUAACCGUUUAGCAAGCCAGUUCGCUAUCUCAAGGCAACCACCAAUAGCAGAAGCUAGCUAACGUUAUAGCUAGCGAACGUCGGUGCACUGCUUUCUAAACUGUCACUGCCCGAUGUUCACCAGAUGCAUAUGCGUUUUGUUUUGCGGGAUGUCUAGUCCGCAUUUUCCGUACUUGUCGCACAUGUGUUUCGCGUUUCAACUAGUUAAAAGUUAGCUAGUUGGAGUCUGUGUAUUUCCGUUUGUACCACCACACCGUAAAGCAACGCACGAGUUUUAAAUAUUGAACGCAUGUGGUACACAGAACGCACCGCAGCCUAGUGCGGACUUCUCCAUUGACAAUGAAUGACUUCCGCCUUAAAGCAAAUACAUCGUUGCAUCUCAAGGUUACGUAGCACAUCCGCAUGUAACUUGACCAUAUGUCUCAAAGGAAAUGUCAAGAAUGUUUGCUUAUUUUGAACGUCCUGGUUGAAAACCGGUUUCUCUACGCUAGCCUCUUCGCUUGUGGUCUCCGGAGCGAAGAGGCUAGCUAAUUGUCUUAAACGACGCAGUACAUUUGAGUACUACAGAUUAAUCGCUGCCGUGGUAUACCUACCUAGUCCCGGCUGUGGCGAUGCUUUCCAUUGCCUGUACAGCAUAGCCACGCACAUUUACAUAGACAAGGUACGUUUUAGUUAUUUUUCUUUAAGUCUGAAUAAAAUUAUAUUUGAACAUACUCUGCCGAUUGUCCGUGGGGUCGGCCUGACUUCAAUAUGCGGGUCUCUGUGUGGCGAUCAAGAUGUUUGCUCAUGACCUAGUGCACAAGUUUGAAGCACAUACAGGUGAGGCAUACUAAAAUAAGUGUCGCAGGUGUGUACAUGGUAUUGCACAUGUCAGGUGAUAGACAUUUCAACACCAGUACAGGCCCUCCUGUUGCUCAGUUGGUAGAGCAUGGCGCUUGCAACGCCAGGGUUGUGGAUUCGUUUCGCACGGGGGGCCAGUGUGAAAAAUGUAUGCACUCACUAACUGUAAGUCGCUCUGGAUAAGAGUGUCUGCUAAAUGACUAAAAUGUAAAUGUAAAAAUGUGCUCUAAAAAGUUGGGUAAAUAAUAAUUUCCUGUGGAUAUUCUCAGAUUUCGACCAGCUGAACGACCAACCCUACAGAGAACCAGUGGAGUAAGUUCAAAUGUCAUUUCCUUCAACGUUCUGGAUUGUAGGUGCUUUGUUUCAGACAAUAUACCAAUAAUUACCAGCAGUCUGGUAAUUUUAUUAGGCAAGCUAGCUUCCUGCAUACAACAGGGUCACUGACAUUCAGCCAAAUUUCAACCGAUGGUCCAGCUCAGCAUGAGCAUAUGAUCAAACUUGGUCCUUUCCACAGUUGCAAGCAGGUAUCUACGUCUCUAGACGGUGCCAAAUCCAUUCUUUCAUUUUCUGUAAAAUGAGCUACUCACCGAUAACCUCUCUUUACCUGUCUGUCAAUUCUCCUGGUUGGUGAACACAAAAGAGCCCAAAUUCUAGAGGAGUGACAUUGUUUGGGUUGCCAAGAUGGACGUGGGGAACCUGGGGAUCUCUCAGUCCCAGGUGUUCCUCAACUACAGCCCCCGGGCCAUCCUGUCACAGUGAGACCAACACACACGCCUCAGUCUGCAUGGUGUGACCGCUAUAGCUGCCUCAGGCCUGAGUGGGCAUAAUACACCACGCUGUUGGGUUACAUAUGCCCCAAACUUUCAGUUCUACAGUAAAGUCUCCCCAGUCCUGUCCUAUUCCAUCAUAAGCAGCAAAUAACAUUAAUGGUAGGACUUGAGCUGGCCAAACUGUGGUGUGUGUUGUUGCGCCGCUAACGGCGCGUCUGCGCUAGCUUUUCUCUGCAGCCCCCCCCACUCUGGGCUGAGGCAAAGGCAGUUAUGCUCUCUGCCCUAGGCUGAACAGUGCUUUGUGUUUUGUGCUCAGCAGCUAAUCACAUAGGUUACUAUUGUGUGUUUUGGUUUGAGCUGAAAUAAUGCAGUAGCCUACAUCGGGGAUCAGAUUAGUGGGGCCAUAGCUUCACAUUCCUCUCUUGACGGUAUAGACGUUGAGGAAAAGAGUGUUAUUCCCUGGUCUCUUGCUUUGGAAGAACAACUUGAUUUAACUAAUUUCAACGGUAAGAAUCUUUUAGCCAACUGGCUUGUGCGCUCACAUUUUCACUGCAUGGCUUCUAUGGAGCUUUCAGGUUGUGCCGUUUCCAACAACAAAUGUGUCAUGUAGGAAUGGGUGCCACUGUCAGGAGGAAAUCCAACACGUGUUUUACCUUUUCAGGUGGAAUCUGAUGUUGUGCCUGUCUAGGUAGUCUGAAUUAUGAAGUGUUGUACUUGUCAAGGUGGUGUCUGAUGUAACAUCCGUUGUGUAGGUGGAGUGUCUCCCUGGGCACGCGUCGUGUGAUGGAGGCAGUGAGGGAUGGGCCUAAGAGCUCCCUGAGCUCUGGGAAAAUGGUGGCUCUGGCAGCGGGGCUGUCUGUAGGAGCGACGGUGGGAUACAUCGUCUACCGACAAAUCAGAAGCACCAGCUGUGAGUCUCCUGUGUCGUUGCUACUAGAUGACCCACUAUCCCUCCCUGUUACAGUGUGGAUUACGGAAGUGGUGUGUGUUUUCAUUUAUAGCGCCGAUGGCCAACACAGAACAGUCCAGGAUGUCAGUACCUCUGGAGGUGUACAGGAACAUUACCAAGUACCAGACCUCCUUCCUGGACCUGGUCAGUGUCCAACUACCCAGUCUGGCCCAUUGUCUUACUAUUUAAUGUUGUCAGGCUUUGCCUGAAACACUGUGUGGAGGAUUUUUUUUUUCUUCAGUUUCUCACCUGUCCCUCUUUCUCCCUUCAUCCAGGUGAUGCAAAAGUCCGGAGCCCACGUGAGGGUGCUCUCUGAGUCUUCGCAGGCAGGGGAGGGGGAGCAGAGUUCCCAGACGACGGUGUGUUUCCUGCUGCAGGGCUCACCUCAGCAGGUGCUGCUGGCCAAGUGUGCUCUGGAGAACCUGGCCACAGACUGUGAGACCACCACUGACGUCAUGGAGGUGCCCCAGACUGCCUUCGGACGCAUCAUAGGUAAAGGGAGAGGAUUUUCUUCUUGUCAGUUCAAAAAAAGUGACUGUAGUUUCAAAAGACUUAUGUUCCAUUUCUCACCUUUUGAUAGAUAUAAAUUGUAUGAAUGAUUGAUUUAAUUAUAUUGCUGUGUGCUUCAGGACGUGGAGGGGAGUCUCUGAAGCUCAUCACCAGGACAACAGGCGCCAGAGUCGUGUGUCCCAGGGAGAGGGGGCGGGGCCUAGAGGAGAAGGGCAAGGUGUCAGUCACGGGGACAAGACUGGAGGUCAGACAGGCCAAGGUGAGGACAAGAAUACUUAUCUGCUGCAGUGUUAUAACCAGCUAUGGGCUGCCUUACUGGUGUACCUUUACUCAUGUACUUAACACUUAAACAAUGUCAUGUUUAUUCUUCCUACAGGAGUUGAUCCUGGAAAAGGUAUUUGAGGACGAGGCGGUGAGGAGGAGGAUUACCCAGUCCUCCGCCCUGCGCCAGAAACGAAGAACCUUCGAGCCCCAGGGUCAAAGGUCAGAGGUAAACAAAGGUCAAACAUCACUUUUCUGGACUGCAGAAGUCCUUCUAUAGUAGUCAUGUAGUGGCCCAUAAACACUGAUGCUCCAACACAUGCCUUUUAAUGGUUAACCUAUAUAGGGAUCUAUUAGAGCAGGGUUCUUCAAUUCCGGUCCUGGAGGGCCGAAACACUUCUGUUUUUUAUUUCUACCUGGUAGUUAAUUGCACUCACCUGGUGUCCCAGGUCUGAAUUGGCCCCUGAUUAGAAGGAGAGGAUGAAAAACAGAGGUGUUUCGGCCCUCCAGGACCGGAAUUGAAGAACCCUGUAUUAGAGCAUCUGGCUGUAUGGACUCUACUGUCACUACAAAGUUCAGAGGUCACUGAGAUCAAACUCACACAGGAGCUGAAGCCAGAGGAGGCUCCACUGUCUCUCCGGGUGGAGGAAGGGCGGCUAGUCCAUGCUAACGGUGUCCAGACUGCCGUGGGAGACCCUGGCCACGCUACAGGAGAGGAGGUACAGCUGGCUAGAGAGGCACGAGAGGAGGAGGAGGAGGAGGAGGAGGAUAUUGUGUCGCCUGACUCCCUAUCAGAGGUUUCCAAAUUUGAAAGUAAGUUUUGAUGUUCUGACUGACUUUUUGGAUAGUUGUACCCAUUUGAAAUUGGCUGUACAAUACUGAGAUGAAUACAGGUGCUCUCCCGUUGACACUGCUAAUUUCCUAAAUCAUUGAUUACGGAAUGACUUUUCCUAUUCUCUGCAACACAUGGAGACACUGCAAUGGUGUGCAUGUUCAUAUUUUCUCUCAAAUAUAUCUCCCGUUCUCUUGUCCAGUCCCCAGUCCAGACCUGAGCUUCCAGCCAGAUGAGCACCUGGAGGUGUAUGUGUCAGCAUCAGAGAACCCCCACCACUUCUGGAUCCAGAUCCUGGGGGUCCGCUCCCUCCAGCUGGACAAACUUACUGCAGAGAUGAGCCGCUUCUAUAGCAACGGAACCCUGCAGGUCAGUCAUACAUUGCUUGUGUUCUUUACACCAAACAGGUGAAAUCUGACUGAAACUGGAAGGGACUCUUUUGUCUUGCCCAAUAAGACACGCACAUUUUUGAUUUCCGUUGCGUGCCCUAAUGAACACAACUGUCUAGAUUCCACCUACGAUAAACCAUUGAAAUAGUCAGCUCGAGACACCAUUCUAUCAUUUUAUUCUACAUUGCAGAGAAAAGUGUCUUUUUUACACUGUUUCUAUAGGAUUGUCUGUAGUGUUGAGCCCCUUGUUGUGACUCUGCCAGGAGCAGCGAGUGGAGACCAUCGUGGUGGGGGACAUCGUGGCUGCUCCGUACCGGGACUAUGGCACCUGGAACAGGGCGAGGGUCCUGGGGGUGAUGGGCUCUGGCUUGGUGGACCUCUAUUAUGUUGACUUUGGAGACAAUGGAGAACUACCCAGGGACAGUCUACGGAGUAUGAGGUGAGAGGUCGGGGUCAGAAAGAGCAGGACAAUACAGUCCAGCACUCCUCGUUGUAUUUAGAACGUAAUAAUAGUAGAUGAAGUGUUCUCUAAUGGUUCUUAGCUAUUUGGCUAAUGUUAGGUCUUGUCUUUUCUCAUGCCCCUUUUUUUUUAGGAGUGACUUCCUCAGCCUACCAUUCCAAGCCAUCGAGUGCAGCUUAGCUGGAGUCAACCCGGCAGGCGAGGUGUGGAGCGAUGAAGCCCUGGACGACUUUGACCGCCUGACGUAUGUUGCCGAGUGGAGACCCCUGCUGGCCAAACUGUGCAGCUACACCCACUCUGAGGUCUCCUCCUGGCCUAGUGUACAGCUUUACGACAACACAGAGGGCAAGGUCCGUACUGGGAUGGGGAAAAGGCUCUCGCCUAUCUCUUACGCAUUCACUCACACGCUCUCUCUCUCUUGCAGGGUCUUACAGGCCCAGUCUCUCUCUCUGUGUGUGAUCAUUUUUCUCCUCCUAUGUGUGAUAAUUUUCUCCUCCUAUGUGUGUCUGACUGAUCUCUCUCUGUCAGGCUGUGGAUAUAGGUGAUGUGUUGGUGAGUCUGGGCCAUGCUGUGCUUAGCCAGGAUAAUGGGAACGGGAGUGGCGACAGGGACGACCCUGGAACGCUACAGAGGAUGCUGGUAAAUACCCCCAGGAAGAGGAGAGGGACCAUCAAUUACAGAUGACGAUUUCAAGUAUAUAACUAUAUAUGACUUGUAACUGUCUGUGUUCCUUUAGGAUGAUGUGACGGGAGCCACCUCGGAGCUAAGCAUGUCCUGCAUCAGCUUAUCAGGUGAGUUUACACUGAGGGUUCCCUUCAUUAGGGAAAUCGACAAUAUUUUUUGAAAUGGAAGAAUGGAUUAUGUUCUACCUAAAUGAGUGAAAAACAGAAAGGAAAACGCUGCUCAUGCUCCCAGGUGAUCUUUAUUUAUAACAAUGUUUCCACCCUUAGGUCUUCAUCAGGCAUACCUGAAUGAAUGAAAUAACUUACUUUCAUUUUUCCUUUUCAAUGCAUUUUCUCACUUUUAUGCUCUAUUGAACAUGACCCUAGAAAAUCAAACAGUUGUGUCCAGGUGUUUUCUCUAGCUGCUGUAUGACUAACUCCUUUUGGCGGCACAUCUUAAGGUACAGACCAUCAGAAUGAAGAGUGGGUAUUAGGCCUGGUCACACCAUCAUCCUCAGGCUCUCUGAGUUCUCUGGAGCUGCAGCGGGCUGACGUUGACGACAGCCCCUCCUCUGGGUUUGGCUUUGGGCUGACCCACUCCACCCCAGCCCAGCGAGCCCUGGUGGACCUGGUCUCCCACAUCCUGGAGUCCCCCAGCCCCUCUGAACACCCCCUCUCCCCAGACCACCAGGUCCCGGGCCAGCGCUAUCACACGCUCAACCGAACCACCAACCUCUACAGCUUCUCGGUUCCCCAGCUGCAGCUCACACACACACUUCCUGUGUCCUCCUGUACCACCUCAUCGUCUACUUCCUCGUCGCCUCUGGAGGUCGUGACCUCUGCGCUGGGUUCGGUUACGCUGAGUGACAAUGUCUUCCUGGAGGGGUCCAGUUAUGAUGGGGAUGAGGAAUGUGACGUAACCUCGUCUUCUGGAGAAGUGGAGACAACUGGGGGAAACUCAACUUGGUCGUCGAAUAGAGGUGACAGUCUGGAGGAGGAAGCGGACGAGGAGCGUAGCGGUAAGGGAGCCAUCAGCAUCAGUUUGACUCCUACCUCCCCCACACAGAAGCAGGCGUGUCUGGGAGAGGUCAGGCGUGGUGGUGGUGGCACUGAAAUGCCUAGUGUGGUUGUGGUUGGCAGUAGUAGUUUCAGUGGGUGUAGCAGCAGUGGGAGUGAUAUUAUCUAUAUGGGGUCAGUGGAGCCUGCUUGGGAGAAGGGUCAGGCUGUAUCCUGCCCGAAGGAUGAUGGUGGCAACAGACAAGACUCCCAGAGAAAGAGACAAGCAAGAAGCCAGCCACUCCACUUCUCUGAUGAGGCAAUGGACCUGGUGAAUACCCUGGAAAGCCAAGCUGGAAUGGAUGAGGAGACUGAGGAACAGAGAAACAGACUGGACGAACACAAGAUGAAGGAAGUGAAGAGUCCGUUUGGGAAGGAGGCAGGGUCUGAACAGAGGACAGAACCUUCAGUGGGAUUCCAUUCACCAGAGGAGGUUGGGACAGAGCGUGAAAGAUUGGGUAUUGCAGAGCUGCCACCGCAUCAGAGGAGUGGUCUGCAAACCACAGAGAAAUUCAAUGAAGAGCCCAACUGCACUGAAGCAGAUGACUGGAGAGCAAGCCCUCGGGAAUUAUGACCUAUGAAGAAGUCUAUCCCAAACAGAGGUAAAGCUGAAUUUCAGAGGGACUCCACUGUUCACAACGAGGAUUGGUUUGUCACAUGGCUAUUGUGUGUCUUUGGGCCUUCGUCACUCCUCUGAAUCACCAAUGCGCUUCCUGUCAUUUGUCAGGGGUGGCACUGAACACUGUCUGGACAAUUCACUGAGAUGUGGUGUUGAAUAAAAUUAAGUGGAUGGUUCACACACAUUCGAAUGCUGUUUUCAGUGAUAGUUUCUAACUUGAGGCUUGAAUUUGAAACCAGAAUGACUGCUUAAUAGUUAACCUAAUGUGUGUUUUUAUAUUUUUGUGUUUCAGAAGUGGCCUCAAUCUCAGGAAGCGUUGAUGAUGUUCUAGAGGACGAGUUCGUCUGAGACCGAAGAGACAGACAUGUCAAGUUCCGUAUAUACCCUUCCCUGGUUUUUGUAGUGUGGAAUGUUUAUUUUAUUUAUUUUUAUUUCUUGUUACAUAUGCACUGAAGUAAUUUAUCAAUGUAUUUUAUUUUUUAUUUAUGAUGAAUGGAUACAAAUUCAAAACAAUUUACUAUGUUAACAGAUCUUUAUUGAUAUUGGAGGUGUGUAGUGGGAUUUGUCUUGCACUAACAUUGGAUUUUCUCUUUUCCUCUCACCUUAGAUUUAUUUCAGCACUGACCAUCCACUCUCUGCAUCAACUCCAUGUUAUGAAGUGGACACCUCCCCACCGCCCUCUUCAAGAAGCCUUACUUGACUAAUGCUGAAUCCCAAAUCGACCAUUAGCCCCAUCCUCGUGGCGUUUUCUGUGUAUCUGAAACAAUUUGAAGAAACCUCAGUGGGCAAGGUGAACCACUUACCAUAUGGCCUGAACCUAUCCGAUCAUUACAGAUCUGCAGGAAGGGUUAGAGGUCGAUUUGGAAUGCAGACUGUGCAGCAGUUUUCCCAGCCAAUUUCGUUGUACUGUUGUCUCUCCCCAAAUGGGUUGAUUUAGAUUAUUCCCUUACGCCUUUCAUGCAGUUAUGUUAUGCCUUGUGCUGCUAUGUGUUUAUUUUAAAGUUUCUGAGGAGAAGAGAAAGACGCCGAAUGCCAGUAUUGUUUAAAUGAAUAAAGCACUGUGAUAUGAGCCAUUGGAGCCGUAUAUUAGAAGGUGAUUGUGGCUGAUGUUUGGUUAUGUUCUAUCUGUAAAUUAAAAUCUAAGCCUCUGUAAUGUUGUGCUUCAGAUGUUUAUGUUGUAAGAAUAAAG